AAAUGUCAGAGUUUGCAUGUGCAAACUUUACAUCUGCGCAAUAUUGCAACUUUGCAACUGCAGAAGUCGUACGCUUAUCCAUCAAUUAUGGAAAUGUUAGUAUAAAACCGGAUGAAAUAAGUUUUUGCUUAUCUAAAAUUAAUUUUAUUUUUAGAGGUUCAUGGAGGAACAAAAACUUCAAAAAAUACAAUUUUGAAGCAAUGGGAAUAAUUCCCCAUUCUGGUCAUUUACAUCCUUUACUCAAAGUUAGAGCUGAAUUUAGAGAUAUUUUCUUUCAAAUGGGAUUUUCUGAGAUGCCAACAAAUAAAUUUGUGGAAUCUUCCUUUUGGAAUUUUGAUGCUUUAUUUCAACCACAACAACACCCAGCUAGAGAUUCUCACGAUACUUUCUUUUUGACAGAACCAGCAAUUUCUACUGAAUUUCCUAAAGACUAUGUUGAGCGUGUUAAAAAAGUGCAUUCUGAGGGUGGAUAUGGAUCUCUAGGAUACAAGUAUGACUGGAACAUCAAAGAAGCUCAAAAAAAUUUAUUACGAACACACACAACAGCAGUUUCUGCAAGACAAUUAUAUUCACUUGCUAAAAAGGGUUUUGUGCCAACAAAAAUGUUUAGUAUUGAUAGAGUUUUUAGAAAUGAAACUUUGGAUGCUACCCAUUUAGCUGAAUUUCAUCAAGUUGAGGGAGUCGUUGCAGAAAAAAAUCUUUCUUUGGCACAUGUUAUUGGACUUUUUACUGAAUUUUUUCGGAAAUGUGGAAUAGAAAAUCUUCGUUUUAAACCAACAUACAAUCCAUAUACAGAACCUUCAAUGGAAAUAUUUGCUUAUCAUCAAGGAUUAAAGAAAUGGGUGGAAAUUGGAAAUUCUGGAAUGUUUAGACCUGAAAUGCUUUUACCAAUGGGUUUGCCUGAUAAUGUUUGUGUUGCUGGUUUUGGAUUGUCUCUUGAAAGGCCAACAAUGAUUCGCUAUGGAAUUUCAAAUAUUCGUGAACUUUUUGGACACAAAAUUGAUCUUCAAAUGGUUUACAACAAUCCAAUAUGUCGACUUGAUGUAAAAGAAUAA